AAUCGCAACGCUUGCUCAGGCUUAACUCGCCCCCCGGGGAGACUCCAGCAAGGCCAGGCGGGCAGGAAGCGGGAUCCAGCGGCGACAGCUUUGCCGGCAGGGAGCUGGGCGGGCGCGGCGGGCCUCCCUGCUCCGCCCCAGGGCCGGAGUACCGCCUGAUGUAAUUUCCGAGCAGCGCUGCCAUAGGUUUGUCCCCGGCGAGGCCCCGAAAACGAAUCCGUGGCCGGUCUUAAAAGACCGCGCCGGCUCGCUCCGUCCCGUCCCAUUCCUCCAGCUUCAUUUCGGGCGGGCUGCCGAGAGACGCGCCGGCGGGCAUCUUGACGCGCAUCCCAGGAGACGCGUCCGCACGGAGUCGGAAGUCGCCCUUGCUCAGCAUCCAUCGCUGUCUCAAUCCACAUCUCGGGGAUUUUGUUGUUGACUGAGUUGAUUGGCCUUUUUGAGAAGAUGCCCCGGCUGAACAGGGCUCUCCCUACGCUGCUGGACGGCCUCCAGGAACAGGUAACCCUGUACCUGGCCUGCUCGAAAUGCAGCCAACAGGAGAACGAAAGCACCUACAGUCUGAAAGAGGUGGAGCACCAUUGCAUGAUGGAGAUCCUCCUAGCCAAGCGCAAAGGGAAACGGGGGAAGCCGUGGCGGAAGGUGAACAGGAGGCCGAGCUUCCCAAACCCAACGCAUUAUGACAUCUGCAGGUACUAUGUGCCUGGCCUGGGGUGCACCAAGCACAGGAACCGCUGCACCUUUGCUUGGAGCAAGGAGGAGGCGAUCGUGUGGACAUUUGAGAGAGCAAACAGCAUGGAAAGGAGUGUCCUAAAAAUGCUCGUGCAGUGGGCUCAAACUGGCAGCAUUGCUAAUGGCCUUUCCAAGCCUCCAAAUCCCAGUGUCUCUGAAGAAAUCUGGAGCGAGUUUGGGGGCCACUUCCAGGAGAUCUGCAGGCUCUGUUUUUAUCGGACCCCUCAAAGGAUCUGCCCUAAGGACUCUGCUCAGACUUGCGAGACGCACUGGAGCGCCCUCUUGGUCCACGUGAUCUCUGGCGGCAAGAUGAAGGAGCAGUACACAGAAAUCCGGCCCUGCCCGGGAGGCAUAAAGAAAUUCAGUUACUGCAGAUACGUGUCUGCCGGCAAACUGUGCAGGCACACAGUCCACCGGUGCAACUAUGCACACAGCGACGUGGAGCUGGCCGUCUGGGAGGCGGAGCGGAGCCACGCCUUAGCGCGCACAGACCUUCUAUGCCCAUCGGUGGACCACAGGCCGGGGGAAGCAGCCUCUCAGCCUAAGGUCCAGUUCUACUGCAGAGUGUGCCUGGUGACCUGUGACUCUCAGGAGAGUUUUGAGAACCACUGUUCCUCUGUGGAGCACCUGCAGCUGAUCCCCACGGACACUUUGAUUGAGUGGUCUCACCGGGCCCCUCCGUACGGCCUAAAGGCUUUUGCACUUUGCAACCAAGCUGAUGUCUGUGAAUAUGGUGAGGACUGCAUCAAGGCUCAUUCCUCCGAGGAGCUGGAAGAGUGGAUCCAGAGGGCAAAGGUUUCAGAGAAGAACAAGAGGUCUGCCAAGCAGGAUGGCCUCCUGUCUUAUCAGGACCGGCUUGUUGCUGAAUACCAAGAAAGCCACAAUGAAGUCUUAAUUAUUUCUGAGGAAGUGGAUGGUGUGAAGGUUACCUGCCCGCAAUCACUGCGUGUGCAGUCAGAGGACAAGAAGAUGCAGUAUCGAUGGGUUUUCACUGUUCAUUCCCAGAAGCCACUGAUGCACGUGGCCCUGCUGAAGCGACUUCCUGGUGCCACCUUUUACCUAGCAGGGAAGGGGCACUCGCGGGGUCUCACUUACGCCUCGGGAGAAAGAUUCAAGACCCAGCAGGCAUCUCCGCUGGCAACUCAGGUGGACGUGUGCAUGGAGUGCCACACUUUCGGCGUCUACGACCAGUGGCUGGUGUUUGACUUUGGCAGCCGCCCUGUGUUGGUCCAGAAGUUCCAGGCCAGGGUUGGUCAAAGGGAGUCCCCCUGGCAUGUCAGUCCGGCUCUGGAGCAAAGCAGUUGCUUUGUGGACUUUGAGCGCUGGCACAGUGGCAACCGGGUCGUAGUGCCCAGUGUGGACCGUACCAGCAAGGAGUUGGAGCUGCUGGCCAAGUACAAGGCCCCGUCGCUGUCCCUGAAUUUCCGGCGGGGUGCCGAGGGCAAGCCCAUUGCACGCUUGAACUACCGUGAGCAAAUGCACAACUUCCUGUUCAGAGAGGAAGAGGCACAGCAAGCCUUGAUCGCCAAGCUGAACUUGCAAGUUAUUGUCUCCCUUCAGCAGAUGAUGGAGACCCUUUCCAUGGGGAUGAGGUUUGCUCUCCCGGGGAUGCUAUAUGCUCAUGUCCCCACCCCUUACUCCCUCACCCCAGACUCCAACGAAGGGUAUCUGCUCUACCGCUCUGUCAAAACCGCUUUCCUGGCUUUGGACCCGCCAGCUAACAACCGCGUCUUUGAGGUCUCCGUCGAGACAAAGGCCACCACCGAGAAGAGCAUCUGGCUUCUCCUACCGCAGCGCUGCUGUGUUGAGCUGGGCCUUGAAAAGGACUCAUCCCUCAAGGUGGAGGUCCAGUUCCAGAUUGACCAGCUCCAAUUCCGCCAUUGGCACCAUGCCGUAGACAAGCUGUGGGACGUGCGGCUGGUCCUUCCUGACGUGGCCGCGUGCUCUAUCCCAAGACCCCCCGGGCAGGUGCUGCUGCAGAGAGGGAACCAGAAGCAGAACCAAGCCAUCUCCUUCAUCACUGGGCAGGUGGCCGGGGUCCGGCAGGUGCCGCCUCUCUUGAUCUAUGGGCCUUUUGGGACUGGGAAGACCUUCACCUUGGCCAUGGCCACCUUGGAGAUAAUCAAACAGCCAAAGACGCGUGUCCUGAUCUGCACCCAUACUAACAGUGCCGCCGAUAUCUAUAUUCGCGAGUAUUUCCACGAUUAUGUGACAUCUGGGCACCCCGAGGCUGUCCCAUUAAGGGUGAAAUACUUUGGCCAUGUUGUCAAAACGACUGAUCCCAUCACGCAACUCUAUUGCUGCUUUUCCCCAAGCCGGGAUGCCUUCCGCUUCCCCACGAAGGAAGAGCUAGAUCAGCACCAGAUCAUUAUCACCACCUGCAUGCUCUCCCAGGAGCUUGGGCUGGCCCCUGGCUAUUUCAGCCACAUCCUGAUUGACGAGGCUGCCCAGAUGCUGGAGUGCGAAACCUUGGUCCCCCUCUCCCUGGCUACGUCUGAGACCCGCAUCAUCCUGGCGGGGGACCACAUGCAGACCACCCCGAAGGUCUUCUGCCUGCAGGGAGGGGAGCAGUCGGCCGACCACACGCUGCUGAAUCGCCUCUUCCAGUACUACCAGAAGGAGAAGCAUGAGGUGGCCCUGAAGAGUAGGAUCAUCUUCAGCGAGAACUACCGCUCCACUGCCAGCAUCAUUGACUUUGUCUCGAGGCAUUUCUAUACCGGCAAGGGAGACGCCAUCCGUGCCGGGGGCAACAUCCCUCCCCAUCCAGACUUCCACCCGCUUAUGUUCUGCCAUGUGGCUGGCUCUGCCGAGCGGGAUGCAUCAAUGACUUCCUGGUACAACACCUCGGAGGUUGGGCAGGUCGUUGAGAAGGUACAAGAGAUGGUCCAGAGGUGGCCAGGUGAAUGGGGGGAGCAAGACUUCGAGAGGAUCUGCGUGGUCUCCUAUGGGAUACAGGUGAUGGCAAUAAGGCAGGAACUGAGGAAGAAGCGCCUGGGGCAGGUGGUGGUGGAGAACUACGAGAACCUGCCAGGGAGGGAGUUCCGCAUGAUCAUCAUCAGCACCAUCCACACCAGGGAGACUCUCGGGCACGUCAGCUCCUCCAACCUGGACUUCUUCAACGAUGCACGGGCGCUGAACACCAUCAUGACGAGGGCCCAGUCUCAGGUCAUUGCCGUGGGGGACGCUGUGGCACUGUGCUCUUAUGGGCAAUGCAGCAAGGUCUGGAAAGGCUUUCUGAAGGAGUGCAUUGACAAGAAGACUGUGACUCCUGAAACCCUGAGCCUGGAGGAGAUAAGGCAGGCAGUGUGUGACCGGGCCAGCUGGAAUCGGGGGAGCCCCCAGCUCGAGGAAGAGGGGAGCGACACAGAUUCCUGGCUUUCCGAUUCAGAGAGCUUGAACGUGGAUGACCCAAUAUUGCAAGAGCUCUUAGAUGAGAGCAAAGUCAUGAUGGUGACAGUCUCCGAUGAAGGGCUGAUGAAUGUGAAGUCUGAAGUGUCUACCCAAAGCAGCAGGCAGGAGUACAUGAGCUUCUCUCCACAAACCAUGAAGGAGUGUCUACGCAUGAACCCCAACAUGUACAAGCGUUGCGAGCUUAUUAAAGAGUGCUUCGAUCAAGCUUCUGCCUUCACUCUGGAUGACGUCCCUCCCUUGAAAAUCCAUAUCCGAGGCCGGGUUCACUGCGGGAUGGGCUUCACUGGGGACCAGGUCUUGGUGGAGAUCCUGCAGCCCAACACAGCAAGGGCCAUGCCCAAGGGAAGUCUCCGUGGGAAAGUGGUGGGUGUGCUAAAGAAGGCUGAUAGGGAUCGUACCUUCAUCUGCACUGUAGACGAGUUUGAUCUCCGUGUGAUGGUCCCUAUUGACCGCACAGUCACCAAAAUCUUUGUCCCAGGGCUGAAAGAUGGUGAACGCAACGUCAUUCCCAUCCGCAGCCUGGACCAAGGAGGAAAGGUCAAGCUGAAGACACGAAAGAGGAUAACAGAAGAAAACAAGAAGAACUGGCUCUUUGUUGUCCAAGUCAUGAGUUGGCGGGACGGCUUCUACUACCCUCUGGGGAUUGUUACGGAGGUCCUUCCCUUGGCUUCGACCCUAGAGGAAGGGUUGCGUAUUCUUGACAUAGAGUACUGCCUCACAAACAAGUACCCAACCUCAGUGAACAACGAGGCAGCCAAAUUCUCCUCUAGCAAACUUGCUGUUACGACGGGCAGUCGCAAGGACUGCCGGGCCUACCUAACCUUCACAGUUGACCCCGCAGACGCUAGGGAUCUGGACGAUGCCAUCAGCGUCCGAGAUCUGGGGGAGAAAUAUGAGAUUGGGAUCCACAUUGCUGACAUAGCGUCUGUGAUCCCCAAAGGUUGUGCUCUCGAUACGGAAGCAAAGAAGCGGGGAGCCACCUAUUAUGCCCCUGGAAAGGAGCCAUUGUGCAUGUUCCCACCUCAGCUCAGCCAAGGCCUCUGCAGUCUCUUGCCACAAAAAGAUCGGCCUGUGAUCUCUCUCUUUGUCUUGGUGGAUAAGAAGACUGACCAGAUGACGAACAGUUCCUUUGCUGUGUCCUCAAUCUGCUCAGACCGGCAGCUGACCUAUGAGGAGGCGGAGGGCAUCAUCAAGUACUGCUAUAAGGCAGAGGCCCCAUUGCUUCGCUUUGAUUCCUUGGAGGCUUGUGUUGCAGUUGCUUACCAUUUCUCCAGAGUCCACAGGUGCUCUCGGCUCCAUGAAGACUGUUAUUAUGACCAACUGGAUGAGGAAUGCCCUCUGGGCCAGAGAAGUUCCCACCAGAUGGUUGAGGAGUUCAUGAUCAUGUUCAACAGCUCCGUGGGGGAGUUCCUGACCAACAACGUUCCCACCAGAGAUCUAAUCCCUUUGCGUUGCCAGACGGAGCCCAACCCAGAACAAAUCACUCAGAUGAGGGAGAAAUACAGAGAUAUAAUCCCUCUGUCCACCCACCUCUCACAUCACCUGGGUUCUCCAACCACAAAGGUCCACAUGGGGACCUGCAGGAACUUUGUCCUCCUGGCCUCACUGUGGGAUUACCUCAGGUCAGCUGCCGACGCUUGUGACAUUCCCAAGAUGCUCGACCUUAUCACAACGGAUGACAUCCACCCCAAGCUGGCCCCUGUGAACAUGGAAUUCCGGAAGCUUCUGUCCCGCUCUUAUUUUCUUCGCUCCAACUCAUCUGCUCAGUCCAAAGUAGGCCAUUAUUCCUUGCAUGUGGACUCCUACACCUGGGCUACCUCCCCCAUCCGCCGCUACAUAGAUGUUGUGCUCCAGCGCCACAUCCUCUCUGUGAUCUUUCAGAGGCCAGUGCAGUACUCCUUGGCAGAUGUCGAGUUCCUUUGCCAUGAUUUCAACCGGAAAAAUGGCAUGGCCAAUGCCUAUGAGAAGAAAGCCCACUCUUUGGAGAUGGCUGCCCAGUUGAAGCGCCAAGUCCAACAGAAGGCUUCCUUUGUGGUGAAUGUUGAAGGGAUGGCCAAGAACUUCAAAAUCGUCUUUCCUCUGAACAAGGAAACCCUUCCAGAUCCUCAUCUCGUCAACUACAGAGCUCUCCAAUUAGUGGCGCAGCCAUCCUUUGUUGAGGAACGGAACAGCAUGAAGCUGAUGUGGAGGAGGAGAAUCUACUCCGUGAUGACGUCAAAGGAGUGCAUUCCAAAGUCACCAUCGCUUCGGGAUAAGAGUGUCGCCCUCUUCAACGUACAAGCCUGGUGUGAGGUCCUACAAGCUGUCAGAAAUAAAGAUUACAAGAAGAUGAUCUCUCUCCUUGAGAAGGGCCACAGCACACAAGUGAGAACAAUAGGGAGAAUGGAGAGAAGCAGAUGCUCACACUAUGUAGACCUCUCACUGGAGCUCAGUGCUGGGGAUGUCUUGUAUCUCCAGCUCACCACAGGUGUCCAGCGGGGCUUCCUGGUGCCAUCUGUCCAACUUUGGGCCGUGGCUCCAGGCUUCGAUGUAUGCGUGGAGCACUCCGAGAAACCCAUUAACUGCUUCUCCAAAUACGCCACUCAAGCAUCCAAGAAGGUUUAUAGGAAUGCCUCCGAUUACCGCAAAGUGUGGCUGCCACUCUCUGACAUGGAAUCUGCUUCCUGCGCUGUGGCAGAAAAUGAGUCCAUUGUCCUGUACGACGUCAAGAUCUCCUGGGAGAAACGACGGACAAAGCAAGGGCAGCUCCAGGGGACAUUCUCCUUGUCCAAGGACUUCCUGAAGGAGUGCGCCAUUGAAGUAGAUUUCGCCUACUGCUACAUGUGCAUCCGCCUUUCAGGCCUGAGAGCGGAUGGAGCCCAGGACGAUGCGGAAGCCCUCGGCCACAGUCUCCAGCAGCUCACGCUGACUGAAGGAAAUGCCAAAGCUGGGAAAUUCACGAUUGAUCCUGCUACAUACACUUGGGUGGCCCAUGGACGAACUGGGGAGUUUGAGGACGAUGAGAAGUCUGACGAGCGUGGCCAACGGAUGGUGUGUUUCUACAUCCAUUUUAUGUCUAUGGAAAAGAUCCCUGUUGAGGUCACCCAGGAGACUUCCAUGUUCACAGUGGAGCUGAUUCCAAAGUUGCUGCCUGAUGUCCGGAAGGAGAAAGCCAUUUGGCGACUGCAGCAUGCAGUUGAACUUGCACAGGGAAUCGCCCUGGGUUGGGAAAUCUCUGAAAAAUCAAUGAAGCGAUCUCCGCUCUUGGCACGCAGAAUCUUUGAUCUUCCAGGAAGGUCCCCUAGACUCAACCACAGCCAAAAUGUCGCCAUUUUGGAGGCUUUGAGAAAGCCUUACACUCUCAUUCAAGGCCCACCUGGGACUGGGAAGACAGUUGUUGGUGCUCAUAUCGUGUACUGGUUUCACCAGCUGAAUCAAGAAAGUAAAGAGAAAGAGCCAACCCUGGAUGACAAGGAUAAAGCCCAGAGCCACAUUCUGUACUGUGGGCCCUCAAACAAAUCUGUUGAUGUUGUUGCCGAGAUGCUGUUAAAGAUGACGAGUUCUCUGAGGCCUCUGAGGGUGUAUGGAGAUACUAUAGAAACCAUGGAUUUCCCCUAUCCUGGGAGCAGCUUGCAUAUCUCCCGGAAAGCCCAACGGGAUUCAAAACCCAAGCCAGAGAUCAGGGAUAUUACUCUACACUAUGUGAUCCGUCGUCCAUCAAAUCCUUUUGGGCCAGAAAUCUGCAAGUUUGAUGCACGUGUGAAAAGAGGAGAGGAGAUAACAGAGGAUGAAAUUGUGAAGUACAAAAAGCUGGUGAGCAGUGCCCGCGUGCAUGAGCUGCAGCGCCAUGAUGUUAUCCUGUGUACCUGCUCGGCCUCCUGUGCUAACACCCUGACGGAGCACCUGCAUGUCAAGCAGGUGCUGAUUGAUGAGUGCGCCAUGUCCACAGAGCCAGAGACCCUCAUCCCUCUGGUGAGCUACAAAAAGCUGGAGAAGGUAGUCUUGCUGGGAGAUCAUAAGCAGCUGAGACCUGUGGUCCACAAUGACUUCUGCAAGACCCUUGGCAUGGAGACUUCGCUCUUUGAGCGCUACAAGCACCGGGCCUUGAUGCUGGAUACCCAGUAUCGCAUGCACCGUGACAUUUGUCAAUUCCCGUCUGAGGCGUUCUAUGACAGGAGACUGAGAACCUGGUCCAACCUCAAACGCGGCUGCAGCACCCUCUGCCACAAAGACCGAGCCGCCUGCUGCGCCAUCAUCUUUGGCCACAUAGAAGGGAGGGAGAAGAGCCUCAUGGUCUCCACCGAGGAUGGAAACGAGAACUCCAGGGCCAACCUGGAAGAAGCAGAGCAGGCGGUGAGGAUCACAAAGCAGCUGACGCUGGACAGAACCACCAAGCCCGCUGAGAUUGCCAUCCUGACCCCUUACAACGCUCAGGUAGUCGAAGUCAAGAAGCUUCUUUCCCAGGAAGGGCUGCGAGAUGUCACCGUUUGCACCAUCAUGAAAAGCCAAGGCAGCGAAUGGAAGUACGUGAUCAUGUCCACGGUGCGUUCGUGUGCCCGCUCAGAGGUUGACAAAAGGCCUACCAAAAGCUGGCAGAAGAAGCACUUGGGGUUUGUGACGGACCCGAACCAGAUCAACGUCUGCAUCACCCGGGCGCAGGAGGGGCUCUGCAUUAUAGGAAACGGUUACCUCCUGGAAAGUAACCCCUUGUGGCGGAGACUUCUAGAACAUUACAGGAACCACGGAUGCUUCACUGCUGCCUCUGAGAUUCAGAUUAGGAAAAAAUCGGCCAUUUCCAGAAGAUGGAUGCCCACUGGACAAAAUGCCUAGCCAUUUUUAAUGUGCCUGCACCUGUUUUCUAGGCACCUUUCCAGCUUUUUAAAGGACAUCAGAAUUGCCAGAAUGAGCCAAAGUCAGUUGCCCAUCUAGCUCAUGAUGGUAACUAAUCAGAUUCCACUAUCAACAAAAAAAUGCAAGGUAUUGGCUUUUUAGAUAUUCAGCUAGAAGAAAGGCACAAGAAACGACCUCUGACCUUAACUGUGCUACAUCGUGGACAGCACGGACACCACGCGUGGCAUAGGUAGCAUGAACUUGUGAAAUGCCUGGAUGGGCCUGGCUAUAAAAUGGAGGCUGUCCUCCUGCCUGACUUUCUCCAGCGCUGCCUGCUUGUAAACCAGUAAAUUCAUUUCGAGGGUCAGGGGCCUGCAUAUACUUUGGACUUGUCUUGAAGGUUGGCCGCUGCUGUGCUAGGUGCUGAUCAUGACGACUGACGAAUAUUCCACUUUCUUCCCAGAAUGCAUUCCAUCUGGAUUUUUUUGGAGGAUCUUUUAGUAUGCGGGGGGGGGGGAUAAAGUUCAGGAGCCCUGUGGAAACGCCACCUGGUUAGUUUGGGGAAGUGCAUCUUAGCUUGUCUUUGGGGACCAAAUGGAUGCUGCAGAAAACGAAAGGAAGAUCCAAACAGGGAUGUCCAGGAAUCUGCUAGAGUUGAGGGAAAGUGUACCACUGCUAGCCAGAAUUGUAGCAGCCGUUCCUUGCUCAAAAUGAAAAGAUCAGCUUAGUGCAUUUAGGAUGAGAAAUGAACAUUUCUCAACAGGGCAAUGUAAAUAUGACUGAGGCCAGGCUAAGUUUUUGUUUUUAAUGACAAGGCCAUCAUGGCAACUGAAUAUAAAUCACUUACUCAGGAUGGCUUCUAUCCCCGGGAACUCUUUUGUACAAAUGUUUUUUAAAGUGAUUUAAAUUUUUUCUUGAAAGUGUUUCUACUUAGCAAGAAUGUAAUAUAUAUACACAUACAUAUAUAUUUGUAGUUUGCUCUUUAAAAGUUGUACCUGAGGUCUUACUGGAGAACCGCAAACCCUGUGAUGCUUUGCACUUUUUGUUCCACCAAUAAUUCUGAAUGUGCGGUGCAACGCUUCAGAAAAUAAUCUGGAACAUGAAGAAUGAUCUGGUAUUGCAAAGUAGCUUUAUUGCUUUGCUUUGCUUUUCCCUGCUGAUACCUAUCCAGGCCUUGAUACUGUAGUGUCCAGCCCAGACAACUGCUUUGAGCCUAAAUAUGUACAGUGCUUAGUCAAGCUAGGAUAACUGACUGUGGCUACCCACGCAUUCCAAAUUGGGUGGAUGUGGUCUACAAUUAUCUCAUGCUUUUGAGAACCCAGUUCAACAGAUCCACACACAUUGCACUGUUUCCACAUGGGUUUUGUAGACUGCACCACGGGAGAGUGAAAAGGAACAGAAGUCUUGCAUAGUUUCAUUCUGAAUGUACCAAGUGCCUACCUUAAAAAAAUAUAUGUAUCGUCAUGGGACUUGAUGCAAAGGAACUGGGGUUUGCCCCCUUGAUGCUCAAACUGGAUAGGACUGAACUGCCAUUUUGCUGAAUUCAGUUGCUCUGGUCCAGCAGCCUCAUUCUCAGUCUGUCCAUUUCAGAACUGCGCAAAGGCCAUGGGGAUGAAUUUAGCCCAGCGUUUGUGUAAGCUGAUGAAGCCGGACUUCAGCAACAACAAGCAUUGUGGGCAUGUGCAAUAAGCAGUCCUGUGAUGUCCUAUUGCUGCUGUGUCUUAGUGUAGCUCCUCUUCACUGACAUUAUAUUUUAGUGCACCUGAUUUGUGGCAAUAUAUGGGGCUGCUCUUGUUUUAGUGCAGUGGGGGGGUGUCUUAGAAUUCUGCAAGCAGCAAAUCUAAAUUUUGUGCAAUUUGAAUAAAUUGGCAAAAUUGAUACCUUUGGGUUUGUUUGUUUUUUAAAAGUGAGGGUUUUUCCCUCUAGAAAUUUAAACAUUUUGCCAGGGGUCUUAAUAGCAAUAAAAAUGGUACUGUUGUUCUACCUCAGUUGUUUUAAAAGUGAAUGUUUGAAAAUUGUUAUUAUAAAUGCAGCCCUCAAUCCCCUCCCUGCCAAUACACUGUCAUGGAUCACUUUAUUCUGGGAUAGGAAAAAAGUUUUGGACAGGAGUGCUGAUCUUGAUCUUGUAAUAAAAUUCAUUGUCGCUGAUGAGCAGGUCCCUGCAUUGACUCACUCUUCCUUUAUGCAACAGAGAUGAACUGUUAAGCCAGCCUUGGAAAAAAGACAAAAACUGCCUGCCCAUUUUUACUAGCCUUCACGCCUGCUGCAUUAGUAAUAAGUGACUUUUUAAAAAAUAAAGCUUCCAUGGCAGGUCACCUGAAGAUGAUCCUUAUUCACCACAGGUGACUAGGCAAAUGGCUGUUUACAUUGUAAGCUCUCCAUCUUUCUUCCUUGACUUGAUGCCUUUUUUACCCCCUCCCCCCAUCACAUCAGCCUUCCUCAAUCUGGUGCCUUCCAAAUGUUUUGACAGUUCCAGCCGGCAUAGCUAAUGAGAGUUGUAGCCCCAAACAUCUGGAAGGCAUGGGAUCUCUGGCUUCUAUGCUUAUGGCUACUUCCCUUCUUCUACUUCCACCUUUGUGCCUCCUCCUGUGGCUGCCACAUACCUGGCAGGAAUCCAGUACCUGCACCUUCGGUCCUUCUCUUCAGAGCCAAUCUGCUUGGCACAGCCAAUUCCCAAACCACAGUUGCCUCACCUUUUUCCUAAGCAUUCUGCUAGAUCAGCAAGCUAUUGAUUCUUCCACCUUUUCCCAUCUGGCUGAGAUGGCAAUAUUUAUUGAGAUUGUUAUCCUGAGGGCACAAGGUAAGUAGUUCUGUCAAGGAAAUAUAAGGUAAAUUAUUGGUGCCCUGUAGCACUGACCUAUAGUGCUCAGUUCCUGAAGUUUGCAGUUCAGGCCUUUUGCAGUUAUGUUUGUUUGUUUCUGAAGAGAGAAACCACUCGGCAUAACUCACUGGGCACUUCUGCACCUACUAAAAUUCAGAGCUUGGAAAGGUUACUUUUUUGAACCACAACUCCCAUCAGCCCAAUCCAGUGGCCAUGCUGGCUGGGGCUGAUGGGAGUUGUAGUUCAAAAAAGUAACUUUUCCAAGCUCUGCUAAAAUUAACAGGACGUAUGCAAGAAGACACAAGUACAUAAGUCUGAUUCAUGUCAGUGGGGCUUGCAGACAGGGCCGGCCCCAGGCAUGCUGGGGCCCUUGGACACCAGCCUGCUGUGGGCCCCUCCGCUCCCCUUCUGUGAUCUGCAGAAGAAGCCGUGGCUCGCUGGACAGGAGCUUCCGAGCUGCCCACCAUCUCCUGCUUCACCUACCUUUCUCUCUGCUGCUUUUGUGGUUUGCCAUCAAUCAAGAUGGAGGCCGAGGUUUCUCUAAGGGGCUGAAGCCUGUGCCACCAUCUUGGUUGAUGGCAGCAAUGCGUGUGUGUAGCACACAUGUGUGCCAUCAACCAAGAUGGCGGCAGAGGCUUCAGCCCCUUAGGGAAACCUCAGCCGCCAUCUAGAUUGAUGGCAAACCGCAAAAACAGCAGAGAGAAGGGUAGGUGAACCGGGGGGAUGGCGGGCGGUUCGGAAGCUCCUGUCCGGUGAGCGGAGGGGCCCCUGUAGCUCCAGGGGCCCUCGGGCCAGUGCCCCACCUGGCUGCCCUUUAGAACCGGCCCUGCUUGCAGAGAACUUCCUUCUAGAUUCUUUUGUAAAUAGCAAAUGCUGUAGUAAUUGGCCGUGUUCUAACCUCAGCAUCCUGGGAACUGCAAAUAAUCCACUUUUUUAUCUGCAGAAAUUCUACUGAAAUAGCUGCAAUGUACUUGCUUCCAGAAAAUGUUCAGCACAGAGCAUGUAAAUUUUUCAGAGAAAUUUGAGCCUCAUAUUGGCUAAGGAUAUUUCUUAAAACAGUAUAAAGGCAGAGGCAAUUUUAAAACUUUUCAGUGUACAGUAAUGGAAAAUGGAAAUGGAUUGCCUUCAAGUCGAUACCGACUUAUGGCGACGUUAUGAACAGGGUUUUCAUGGUAAGCGGUAUUCCGAGGUGGUUUACCAUUGCCUUUCUCUGAGGCUGACAGGCAGUGACUGGCCCAAGGUCACCCAGUGAGCUUCAUGGCUCUGUGGGGAUUCGAACCCUGGUCUCCCAGAUCAUAGUACAACACCUUAACCCAGCCUUUCCCAACCAGUGUGCCUCCAGAUAUUGUUGGACCACAGCUCCCAUCAGCCUCAGCUAGCAUUGCCAAUGGUCAGGAAGAUGGGAGUUGUAGUCCAACAACAUCUGGAGGCACACUGGUUGGGAAAGGCUGCCUUAACUACUACACCACAUUGGCUUUCUUUCAGUGUAAUAAUGUUUAAAUACAAGGAACAGCACAGUCCAGCAGGAACUGCUCCUGUUCCCCUGCAACCCAAUUGAAAUGAGCAGGACCUUGCUCUUGUGUGAGUCCCAUACAUUUCAUAAGUUUCCUGCUGGACGGCACAUGAAAUUUUGGUUUUUCUGUGAAAAGUAUUAAUGAACUGCAACCAGUUGUGUUUAUAAUUAAUUAGUGGUUUAAUUGUAUCAGUUUAUUGGAUUCUAUUUUUAGGAUGCGUUGGUAUUUUUAAAAACUGGAUUUGCACGUAAGCUUUCUAAAGGACCCUUUUGAGGGGGGUGAAAGGAGGGAUAUGGUUAAAUUUAAAGCUUUAAUAUGUAUAAUGUAUGGCUUCUUAGUACUCUUUAACUAUUUUUUAAAAUUAUAAGCGGAUAAAAAUAUUUGUGAUGUUUAUAUGAACCUCCACAUUCCUUUUUAAAUGAAGCUGAUUGUAUUAUA